AUGGGGGCGACUGCCACGACGGCAGUGACGGUGCAGCAACUGCUGCUGUUAUCAAAAAGUAGUCUUUUACCGAGAAGAGAGUUCCAGAGAGAUUUUCUCAAGAGUUUCGAAUACAGAGUCCUUAAUUACGUCUCCUAUCAUGAAAUGGCUCUUCGAUAUGAUGAUCUGUACGACCCAAUGUACGAUCUGGAUGUAAAGGCGGUGCUGAAUAGGCUACCUAGACAGAUCGUCGAUGCAAGGAAUCAGCGCCUCAAACACGCUCUGGACCUCGCCAUGAAGCACACCUACCUUACAGAAGAUCCCCAGAGCUCCAAAGAAAAGCUUUUCUUGUAUGACAUUGUUGCUAAUGAGCGCAAUGUAAUUGAUGUUUACAAAUUUGAUUACGAUGUUCGUGAUUCCAUGGCUUGUGGUCUCAGCUGCAAUUUUCAAUUUAAGAGAUCUCGCAUUGAUGUUGGAGUUAUUACUGGAGAAAGCGGAGAACCACACUAUUUUGUUGAUGUUGCUGAUAUUCAUUUGAGUGCAAAGGCUGGUUAUUGUGCAUCAAAAUAUAAGAAGUUUGGAAAUCUCUGCUACGUAAUUGGUGCUUUGCAGGCUUUUUUCAGUCACCAUAACCAGGACCUUAGAAUAAAGGUGAGUUCCCCACUCGAGGAGGAUGCGAACCCGACUGAGGAAGCCAACUCAGCCACCGGAUACGACACCUCAUCCAAUACUUUUGGAAGUUUCUAUGCAGAGAGGAAUGAGACUCCCAGCACACAUGAAAUUGACAGAGCCUCAAAAGCACAGAGAGAGUGGGUCCAGCCAAUGAUAUGGCCCUGA